GUCUUUUCGAGCCACUGUAAUGUCGUGAGCCCGCGCGGAGAGGUCACCGAUGUCCUGAAGUUCACUUGAAAAAAGAAUGUCACGGUUUCUAAGGUACCCCCCGUAUGUCCCGGGCAAUCCACAACGACGGGUGUUCUUCACAGAUUUCUACAUGAAGCUGUUGAGUCCAGACAAAGAGAGACCAGCCAAUGUUGUCACUUUUGAAUGCCCCGUCAACAUGACAAAAUUUGACAUCAGAAACUACUUGGAGAGGAUCUACAAUGUCCCCGUUGCCAAGGUGAACACACACAUAGUCUACGUGGCAUUCAAACGCGACCACAAAAACAUGAGAUACAAACCCAAGGAUGACUUCAAAUUAGCGAAUGUUACACUGGCAAAGGGCCAAACCUUCCAGUUCCCGGAGAACCUUUUUGUGAAAACUGAUGAGCAAACGACAGAUGAAGAACUGAUUGAGGAGGCCAAAGCCAAACAGAAAGCCAGGGAGGAUUUGCUAAAGAAGCGAGGGGGCUUACCGACUUGGUUUGGCAUAUGAGAUCAACCAUGCAGAGCUGCCAUGUUGCUUGCGAGACGGGCUGUUUAUUGCGACAUUGGAAACUGGAAAGCAGAACUUGGAUUGUGUCUUAUUAAUGUCUUCUCAGAAUGAACAGGAGUGGAGGUCUUCUACAAGUAUUUGUGCAGUCAACUUGUCACUGCUUCACAGGAUGCUUGAAGUCCAUCUUUCAAUUAUCAGGAUGUACAGUCACUGUGUACUUCCAACACCCAACGAUGGAAAUUUUGGAGGAAAAUGGAAGCCCUUUUCCCAGGUGCAAGAACACUUAGAAUGCUUUUCAUCCCUCAAGUUUGCUGUACGUGGAGUGUAACGAGGCAUUUUAUGAAUAAUCAUCUUGAACCUUGUCUCAUUUUGGUUUAGUCUUUCCCUCCUUUUGGUUUAACUUUCCCUACAAGUGGCAUUUUUCAAAUGGUUCCAAUCUGCUACAGCUAUAUUCAUGGAUGGUUUUGAACAUACGAGUACAUGUCACAAAUUGCAAUUAUGGGACUGGAGAAAAACCAGAAUUUCCAAACUCGGCAAUACCAGUAAUGCCAUAGAUGAGGUUUUACACAUGUGGGUAAAAAUUGACUAUUACCUAUCAAAUAGGUUUGAUAUUCAACAUAAGUUCCAUAUUCUGUCUGAUAAUGAAUAUAGUUAGGUUCAUAGAAACCCAAACUCAAUGAUGAAACUGUACUCCAGUGUUUGUUUGAGCUGUUUUUAUUACAAACAGGUGUGCUCACAGACUGUACAAAACUAUUCAUUGCUUAAGAGGACAGUAGAUGUUGGUUACACCUGACUCAAUCCGGCUUUAAAAGAAACCGAAAUGAGAAAUUGGGACAUUGA